AGAGAGAGAGAGAGAGACAGAGACAGAGACAGAGACAGACAGACCAUGAGCAGGGCAGAGGCAGAGAGAAGGAGACUCAGAAUCUGAAGCAGGCACCAGACACCGAGGAGUCAGCCCAGAACCUGACGCGGGGCUUGAACCCAUGACCUGAGUUCAUGACCUGAGCUGAAGCUGGCCGCUCGACUGACUGAGCCACCCAAGCACCCCACACAUUUUAUUACUUUUAAAACUUUCUCAGUAACAUAUUUACACCAGCAGUUUGUGAGUGGCACAAUGGAUGAAUCUAGAAUUUGCAGGCUAGGGGUGAAAGCAGAUAGGUUGUGUGACUCUCAAUCGAACGAUACUCUUCAGCACCAAGACUCAAAUUUUGCUCGCGCAAGUAGCAGGCAUUCCUUGCAAGAGGAUGAAGACAGUAACUGUGUAAGAAAGAACAGGAAUUUGGUGAACCCAGUGUACUGCACGCAAGAGUCAAGAAUGGAGCCUCCUGGGCCAGAUGGUGGAAGAGAUCCUUCUGAUGAUCAGCAAGAUUCACAGUGCAACAGGAACAAAGGAAAAACCUUAGGAAAAGAAGUGUUACUAUUGAUGCAAGCCUUAAACACUCUUUCAACUCCAGAGGAGAAGCUGGCAGCUCUCUGUAAGACAUAUGCUGAUCUUCUAAAAUCAAUGAAACAGAUACGUUUGGUCCUGGAGAUGAUGAUGAAAUCCAGUUUGAUGAUAUUGGAGAUGACGAUGAAGACAUUGAUGAUAUCUAAAUUGAACGUGGUUUCUGAGGAUUGUUCUACAAUUUGGAUUUUGGCUAUCACACCUGUUAAAAGAAGACUAAAACAUCAUUUAGUAUGAAUGUAUUUUGUUAAGACAUGCUGAUUUAUUUUCAUUGUUUAAAAGGAUUAUAUUUCUCUAAUAACUGAUUUAGCUGAAUUUUUUAAGUGAAAUUUUAUUGUUUGGAUAUAAUGGAACUUAGGGGGAAAAGACUGUAAUACCUGCUGUUAAACAGUAGAAAGAAACGAAGAAGAAGUGUCUUUUCCACUGUGACUAUUUUACUGUAGUUAAUAGGUGUUUUGAAUAAAUUGCCUUAUCAUCAUAGGUUUUGGUAAACCAUGUUCCAGCUAGUAUGUUAACAGAAUCUUUAUGUAUAUUCGAGUUACCUAGAUGUUCUGUAAGAUUUUUGAUAUAAUUUAAGGAAGGUGGAAGUCCACAUUUAAAGUCAAGAAAGGGGGCUAUUUUCAUAUUUAUGUGGCCAUGUGUAUUUCAUUCUAAGCUUGAUAACUUACACAUUAUUUUCAUCAUUUUAUGUUGCCACCAU